GCUCCGCCGGAAGAACAUCAACCUCCAGCCCGGCGCUUCCCAAGAGCAUCGCCGCAGAAUCACUUUACUAUCAACGAGCCGAGUGUACGGCCGCACAAGCUCCCUGUUCUACUCCAAUCGAGUGACGGAUCGAACGUCGAAUUGGUCGACCCUAUUCUGGGGUUCGAAGUGAGUUCUUAAGAGAGGUGCGAGCCUCCAUGCAGCCACACCUUGGCCGAAAAUGUCACACGAUCCAACAGCCGGAGGCGCGUGCGUCAACGCCAUCGGUUUCGUAGCCUGGCCGCAUGAAAAGCCCUGCCAAUACUGCGAGUGGGAUGGCUCGUCGCAAGAUGGGGACUUGUGUUCAUCAGGGGAUGCAGAAUGCAGCGACUUCUCCAAGUCGGAUGGCUCUGACGCGAGUGAAGAAGUCGUGGAGGAAGAGGGGAGUCAGGCAAAUUUCAGGACAGGACAUCCUCCCUCCUCCAGUUGGACCCAGGCAACUUCCCCUCGAAGCGAAUUCUGGCACCAACUGUCAGUGCACGUUAUAAGCCUCGCCUUGCAAGCGGCCGCACAAAGCUGGGCUGCUGGGGCGAACUAGGUCGGAGCCCUGUAAUUGGGGUUGGGAGUGGUGAUUAGCUUGUGGGUAGCUUAUGGAGCUGCCUAAGAUGCUUGAUGAGACUUGAGUUAUAGCCGGUGCA